UUGGAGUGUGGUGUUGGUACGGCACCCGUAGAGGACUGCUCAGCUGCUUAAAAAGAGGAAGUUUCUCUCACGAGAACAUCAUUCGAUCUUCAUCGCUCUUCUUAGUCACUCUUUCGUUCCAGUAGCACCUGAAAAAUGCAGGCAAAAGUCUUCGCCGUCCUUGUGGCAAUGGUAGUUGUCGUUCACUCCUGCUAUACGGCGUCUGCCCAGGAAGAUCUCACGACAACAGAGAGACAGGUGGUGGCAGAACUUGCAGCCCAAAUCCUGCGCGUGUCCCAUGGACCCUGGAGUUCAGCAGAGCCCCACAAGAGGAAUUCAGGAAUGAUCAACUCCAUCCUCGGGAUUCCCAGAGUAAUGGCUGAAGCAGGAAAGAAGUAGGAUGACGAAAUGUUUACAUUCUAGCAGACCACAACCUACUACAACUGACCACUACAAAAAUUUGAUGCAUACACUUCUUCCAGCUGCACCUUUAGAGAAACCAGGGCACCAGAAAAUAACCUCCUCAGUUCAUUCUGUUACCUUUCCAUGGAAAUGAGUUUCUUCAGCCAGAUCUCAACGACACUCAUUGAUCUUCAGUUAUGCCACAGUUCAGCAACAGAUAGUUGUUAAUUGAUGCCUGAGUCCAGAUAUCCAUGUUGCUGGGGAAAAAAACUCUCUGAAACUUCAGGUGUAUAAGAUUUGCACCAAAUUUCAUCAAUAAAUAUGGCAGCUAAAAUUAUUUUCUUAUUUCCCUA